AUGCAGUUCACCCAGCAAUCUAACGUUUCAGUUUUCGUCAGCAACACUCAGUUAGCAAGAACCCUGAACCAGCUGAUCGAGACUACCAAAAAGGUGUGGAAAGAGGAAACGCAACUCCUGCGACAAAUGAUCGAAAAUUGCGCUGCCUGUCGGGAACCUCCAGUUACACCGCCGCCCACGCCAUCCACCUGCGAAUACAAUUCGCCCUGUUUCCCGGGGUCUGUUUGUCGCAAUACACCACUAGGACCACUUUGCAUUUCGUGCCCACCCGGGUUCACUGGUGACGGAUACCAAUGCACAUCCUUGGUCCAUCCAUGCGCGAGCAAUCCGUGCUUCAGCGGGGUCCGUUGUUACGAACAAAUGAACACUUACAGAUGCGAUCCUUGCCCGAACGGCUACAUCGGCAACGGUUCCCUUUGCAUCGACGUGAACGAGUGCGAGUUGAGUCAACCCUGUUACCCCAAUGUCCGAUGCGUUAACCUGCGUCCCGGGUACAGAUGCGAGUCCUGUCCACCUGGGUACACCGGGUCCAUCGUGGAAGGGGUCGGUCUGGAUUUCGCUGCCUCCCACAAACAGAUCUGUCAGGACGUGAAUGAGUGCGAGAAGAACAACGGUGGCUGCGGUCCGUACACGGAGUGCGUCAACACCCAGGGUUCCUACAAAUGCGGCCCUUGCAAGCCUGGCUUCGAGGGAAACCAAACGGUCGGUUGCCACGCGAAGGGCAAUGUCUGCCCUGAUUUGACCACGGUCUGCGAUGAUAACGCGGAAUGCGUGCCUUUCGACAUCGACCGGUACAAUUGCAAGUGUCGCGUCGGAUGGGCAGGCAAUGGAAUAGUUUGCGGCGUGGACUCCGAUAUUGACGGGAUUCCGGAUGACAAUCUCCGUUGCUACGGUCGACGGUGUCGCGCAGACAAUUGCCCGAUGAGACCGAACAGCGGCCAAGAGGAUGCGGACAUGGACGGAAUCGGCGACGCUUGCGAUCCAGACGCCGAUAACGACGAGGUACCGAACACUUUGGAUAAUUGCCCGUUGCAUUCAAACCCGGGCCAAGAGGACACGGACCGCGACGGCGCAGACAUGGUCGGGGACGUCUGCGAUAACUGCCCGAUGGUGAGAAAUCCGAGGCAGGAGGACACGGACAACGAUGGGGUCGGCGACGCUUGUGACAAUGAUAUCGACAGUGAUGGCAUUCCGAACACCCAGGACAACUGUCCGAGAAACAAGAACAAAGAUCAGACCGACUCGGACAACGACGGAAUUGGAGAUGCCUGCGACAAUUGUCCUAACCAUCCGAACCCGGAUCAACCGGAUCGUGACGGAGACGGUGUGGGCGACGUUUGCGACAACAACAACGACAGGGACAGUGACGGCAUCCAGGACGACAGGGACAACUGUCCCGACGUGCCGAACCCGGGGCAAAACGACGACGAUCACGACGGCAUAGGGAACGAGUGCGACGACGAUAUAGAUAACGACGGGAUACCGAACGAUGUGGACAAUUGUCCUUACGUCUACAAUCCGGAUCAAUAUCGCAGACCCAAUACGUUGGAAAAUAUUGGCGAGGCUUGCUGGAACGACUACGACAACGACACUGUGCCCGAUAUGCAGGACACCUGUCCCAAUAACAGCUUGAUCUGGACGACGGACUUCCGUAGGUACACGACCAUCGCUCUGGAUCCUCACGGGACCGCUCAGGAUGACCCUGUGUGGAAGAUACAUCACGGAGGUGCCGAGAUCGAACAACUCCUGAACAGCGAUCCCGGAAUUGCUAUUGGUCCCGACGUAUUCAGCGGCGUGGACUUCGAGGGCACAUUCUACAUCGAGGAUGACAAGGACGACGACUUCGUCGGAUUCGUGUUCUCGUACCAAGACAACCGACGAUUCUACAUCGUCGCCUGGAAGAAGGGCCAUCAGCCCUACUGGAAGGACCGGCCGUUCCAGGCGAUCGGUGAUCCAGGUAUUAUGUUGAAGCUCGUCGACUCGGCGACCGGGCCCGGCGAACUCCUCAGGAACAGUCUCUGGCACAAUAAGGAUACAUCGAACCAGGUGAAGAUACUCUGGCGGGAUCCGAAGCAGAUCGGCUGGAAGGAGAAGAUAUCGUACAGAUGGCAUCUGAUACACAGACCGAAAAUCGGACUGAUCAGAUUCCGGUUGUAUCAAGGGAAACAGAUGAUGGCAGAUUCCGGGAACGUGUACGACUCGACGCUGAAGGGCGGUCGUCUCGGGGUUUACUGCUUCUCACAGGAGAAGAUCACCUGGUCGAAUCUCAUGAACACGUGCAAAGAAACUGUGUCGCAAUCGAUAUGGAACGACCUGCCCGACAAUUUGAAGCACCUGGUGGCCAGUGAACCGAGCAACGAAAUAAGACGUUAACAGUCUCAACGUAGCGUUGACUACAACUUCUUUUCAAUCCCCGUUUCUAACAAUUGGAAUUGA